AAAUAUGUAAAUAAUAUUCCGAGUGUGCUUGUGACCACACUCCUUAACCCAAAACCCAAAAACAACAACAACUUAUCUUCUGUACUUGUAGCGCAAACAAACAAACUGUCUGAGAAGGAGAAAAGAAGAGGUUGAUUCAUUCGGUUUUAAUUCUUCUUUCUGAACUCAAGAAUUAUGGGUUUGGCUUCUGUGGUUCAAAUUCCAUUGAAUCACAAUGGCGUUCUCAGAAUCAGGGUUUCAUCUUCCCUCAACUUCCUUCACCAUCCUAUCUCUUCUUUAUCCUCAGUUGAUCAUUUUCAUCGUCCUCUACGCCUUCAAGUUUCAUGCCCCAAACCAAUUCGUCAGGUUCAUCCGUUUCAUGCUUCAGAAGUGAAGAGAAUUACUGCUCAACCAAAGGAUGAGAUAUCUUCUACUGAGGAAUCACAGAGCUCUGCUGUUAGAACUGUAGCCUUAUGGGUUUUCGCAGCAGUAGCGUUUGGUGUUGGCUUGGGUUUUAAAGAAGGCUAUGAAAAGGCGUCUGAAUUUUUUGCUGGAUACAUAUUGGAGCAAAGUCUCUCCGUGGAUAAUCUCUUUGUCUUUGUUCUAAUAUUCAAAUACUUCAAAGUGCCAGCUUUGUAUCAGAAUCGUGUACUUUCCUAUGGUAUUGCCGGUGCAGUUGUUUUUCGCCUGACAAUAAUACUUCUUGGAACAGCCACCAUUCAGAGGUUUGAGGCAGUAAACCUUCUAUUGGCGGCAAUAUUACUCUUCUCAUCAUUUAAGCUAUUUGCUAGUGAAGACGAAGAGUCAGACUUAUCUGAUAACUUUUUGGUGAAGACAUGCCAGAAACUUAUCCCUGUAACAACAAAUUAUGAUGGAAACAAGUUCAUAACAAAGCAGGAUGGAAUAUGGAUGGCCACACCUUUGCUUCUUACAGUAGCAGUUAUUGAACUCAGUGACAUUGCAUUUGCUGUGGACUCAAUACCUGCAGUUUUUGGUGUAACACGGGAUCCAUUUAUAGUGUUUUCUUCUAAUCUUUUUGCCAUUCUGGGCUUGAGGUCACUUUACUUGAUAAUUUCGGAGGGUAUGUCAGAAUUGAAGUACUUACAGCCAUCCAUUGCUGUUGUUCUUGGAUUUAUCGGGUGUAAGAUGAUCUUGGACUAUUUUGGAAUCCAUGUCUCAACAGAAGCAUCGCUCGGUUUCGUAGCCUCUAGUCUUUCCAUUGGAGUGAUAUUAAGUCUGGCUAACAAAUCCGACUAAGCUUAUAGACCAACUCAGAAUGAGUUGAGCUCUGCAUGAUUGCUUCUAUUUUACAGCAAUCCAAUUCUCCCCCACCCCAAAUAAAAGAAAAAUCCAUAUAUUCUUCCUUUAUCAUCUUGUAUACUUGGUAAGAAAUAUUUAUUUAUUUGUAGCCUCUGAUAUGGCUCUAGUUCAUGUUCAAAGUUAAA